CAAAUGAAGGGUGCUUCAGUAGAUCGCACAUUAACCUUUACUGAACUCGGUCAGGGUUUUAAAAUACAGAGUGGCAGCCUUGUGUGAGAAAACAGUUCCAGACUAAAGCGUUAUGGCUCAAUUGAACGACCCAGAUGAAAACAGCAUUGUCACUAAUCUACACUCCCACUUUGGAGAUAAUCAUCCAGUACAUAAUUUGAUUUCAAAAAUACAAGCCAUGAGGACAAAAGAGGCUCUUUCUUCAGGGUUUUCUGUGGAAUCUAACAGUGCUCAGGACAGUGGCGGCCUCGGGCAGAGCAGGGACUCCCUGAACCAGAUUGAGGAUUGCAGUCCUCCCACAGACAUAUCUUCGGCUCUCCGGUCAGUAGCUUUAAUGCGCACAUUGGAUUUGAAAAAAAUGCCCAAGCUGUUCUCAGUGCCGAGGCUUGAGGAGGACAAUCAAAUGUUGUCUCCGUUAGACUAUCCGGAUACAAGUACAGACGGGGCGGCAGAGUCAGCUGAGGAGCAAGAUCAGACCGUAUCAUUCCAGUCAAAAUUCAUUAAUUUUUUCCCGCUCUAUCAGGACUACUUUCUGCAGGCGGUGAAAGAUGAUCUGCACAGACUGAACAAGAGCUUUGUGUCUGAACUGAUGACGUACCAACAGUGCCAACUCACUGCUCAAUGCCGCUCUGAGGCCACAUCCCCAAAAUUAAACCCUCCGGAAGAGACUCGGUCCUCACCUCUACCCCGCCCUGUCCGGGUGACUCCAUGUACCCUUUGGCAAGAUCUAGAAGAGGUGAAGGAAUCUGGUUUGCUCAGCAGCUUGACAACCAGAGAGAUUCGCCUUCAGGAGUCGAUGUUUGAGUUAAUCGGCUCUGAAGUGUCUUACCUGAAUAGCCUCAGAGUUGCUGUCAAUCACUUCUAUGCAUCGAGGGUACUGCAACGGACCCUGAAUCCAAUGGAGCAUCACGUUUUGUUUUCCAACAUUCGUCACGUGAUGGCAGCCAGUGAAAAGUUUCUUAUAGAUCUGGAAAUACGACUGGGAGAGUGUGUGUUAAUAUCUCAGGUCGAAGACAUCGUGCUGCAGCACGGCUCCAGGUUUCACAGCCUCUAUGUACCAUAUGUGACUAACAUGAUGUACCAAGAGACUCUUGUGAGCCAGCUGCUGGAGCAGAACAGAGACUUUCUGUAUUCAAUCAAGAAGCUUGAGAGUGACCCAGUGUGUCAAAGACAGGGCCUGAAGUCAUUUCUUGUCCUUCCUUUUCAGAGAAUCACUCGUAUUAAACUUAUCCUUGAGAGCAUCCUCAAGCUGACUGAACCAGAUUCAAAAUCUGUUUUAAAUCUUGAAAAAGCAAUAAAAGCAAUACAUGAGAUAGUGACAGACUGCGACAAGGGGGUCCGAAAAAUGAAACGAAUUGAGGAACUGGUCUGCCUGGAAAUGCUGCUGGACUUCGGCAAAGUUAAGGCAGUUCCUCUGGUUGUGAGCGGGCGUUUUCUGGUGCACCAGGGUUCCAUGAGGCAGCUGACUGUGGAGGCCUCUUACUCAAGACUGUCAUUCAUCAGCAUCUACCUCCACCUCUUCAACGACCUUUUGAUCAUCUCCUCCAAAAGGGCUCCGAGGUUCACCGUUAUGGAUCAUGCUGCAUUGGCCUCACACGUGCAUGUUGAGCGUCUGAAUACUGAGGGCCUGGGUCUACCCCCGGACUCCUUCCUGUUGCAUCUCUCCCAGAGUCACACCGGACAACCGACCGCCAUGAUACUUGUUGCGCACACAAGGUCGGAUAAAGAGGAGUGGAUGAAGGCGCUGUCGUCUAAACCGUGA